AGCGCCGGCAGUGAAUGGACGGAGGCCGAGGCGCGCGCGUGUGGCCGCCCCCCUGCUGCAGUGUUGUGGUGGCAUGCCAGCGUGAGGAAGCGAUGGCUCGCCACCUGCGGGGCCGGCUGACAUGGGCCGCAGUAUAGGUGUAGUGCCGCGGCGACAGCGGUGCGGGCGGGGCGCGCGCGGGCCGGCGAGCUGACGGCGUCAUGCUCAGCGCCUCCGACGCCUCCAACCUGACUCUCAGCGUGCUCGAGCCCGACCUGCCCUCCAGCCCCUACUCCCUGGUGCAGAAGAUCGCCAUCGCCAUCGUCGCCUCGCUGCUCUCCAUACUCACCGUCGUCGGCAACUCCAUGGUUAUGAUCAGCUUCAAGAUCGACAAGCAACUCCAAACUAUUAGCAACUACUUCCUCUUCUCCUUAGCUGUCGCGGACUUUGCCAUCGGGCUGAUAUCGAUGCCGCUGUUCGCCAUGUUUACCAUAUACGGGUAUUGGCCGCUCGGGCCGUAUAUUUGCGACACGUGGCUCGCGCUGGACUAUUUGGCGUCGAACGCGUCAGUGUUGAACUUGCUUAUCAUAAGCUUCGAUAGGUACUUCAGUGUCACGCGGCCGCUGACGUACCGGGCCAAGCGCAGCACGCGGCGGGCCACCGUGAUGAUCGGCAGCGCGUGGGGGUUCAGCCUCGUGCUGUGGCCGCCCUGGAUCUACGCGUGGCCGUACAUAGACGGCGAACGGAAAGUGCCCCCAAACGAGUGUUACAUUCAGUUCAUAGAGACGAACCAGUUCAUUACGUUCGGGACCGCCAUCGCGGCGUUUUAUGUGCCAGUGACAGUUAUGUGCAUACUCUACUACCGGAUAUGGAGGGAGACCAAGAAACGGCAGAAGGAUCUGCCGAAUCUACAGGGAGGGAAGAAACAUGACUCGUCGAAAAGAUCGAAUUCUAGUGACGAGACUCGCGAGAUCGACGGGCGCACGCGGUCAGAGUCCGGAGAUGCGGACUCCGUGUACCACGUGCGCGGCGCGUUGACAGACCAGCGGUGGCGGGAGCAGGGCGGCGCCACUCGCCCCCAAAAGCGUGGUUGGGCGGCCGUCCGCGCGUGGUGCGUGGCGUGGUGGCACUCGGGGCGCGACGACGCCGACGACACGGAGCCCGAGGAGGAGCCCUCGGACCCGGGGUAUGCGACCCCCGUGUCGGUGGAGACACCGCUGCAGAGCUCUGUCUCACGAUGUCCAUCUCUCAACGUCAUCCGGGAUCCGUACGCCACGCGCGUGAGCGGGGGAGCGGUGGGGGACGCGGGGGGCGGCGCGUCCCCCCUGCGCCGCGGGUACGACCCCCCCGCGCUGCCCGCCCCCGCGGCCCGCGACUCCCGCUCCCUCCCCGCCAACACCCGCAUCAACGCCGCCGCCUCGCCCGCCCCCAAAUCAGCAUCCGCUGACUCUGUCUACACCAUCCUUAUAAGACUACCCGGAGCGGACACCGAAGCUGACCGCCCAAGUAUUACUAUGAUCUCAGAGGAGUCUCCACCGAAUGCCCGCACCCACUACCGCCCCCCGACACGUGGGGACUCCGAGUUCAACCUGCACCCGGCCGGGCACCCCGCGCUGACGAGGCGCACCUCGCACAUACAAGACGUCAGGAUCCCGCUAAACGCGAAGAUUAUCCCCAAACAGCUGGCUGCAAAGGGGAUACCGUCGAAAACGCCGAAGAAGAAGAAGACGCAAGAGAAGAAACAGGAGACGAAAGCGGCGAAGACGCUUUCCGCCAUUCUGCUGUCGUUCAUCCUGACAUGGACGCCGUACAACAUCCUGGUUUUACUGAAGCCGCUGACGGCGUGCACCAAGUGUAUCCCCGACGAGCUCUGGUCGUUCUUCUAUGCGCUCUGCUACAUCAACUCCACGAUCAACCCCGUCUGCUACGCUCUCUGCAACGCCACCUUCAGGCGGACCUACGUCCGGAUCCUCACCUGCAAGUGGCACAACCGGAAUCGGGAGGCCAUAUCGCGCGGUGUGUACAACUAACGAAAUUGAAUCCUUUUAUGUUCGUUCUAGCUUCGUUUUCUUUGUGGUUUCUUCGCGGCAUUAAAAACAAUGGAAUUGAGAAUGAGACUUCCGUAGACUUCCAUAAUUGUGUUACAUUUAAGGUAUGUAGUGCCAAAGUAAUUAAUGAGUCUGACUGGACUCGCGUACUUUUUUUGCGAGUAUUUUGUCAUGCGUAAUUCUAUUGUUUUUAAUUUCGGGAGAGAUUUAUUUUGAUGUGAUGUUGUUAAAAUUUGCUUUGAUAUGAAUAGUUUGUUUCAUGUAUCUACAAGAGUAAGAAUAAUGGUUAAAGUCUAGUCCUAACUUGGAUUGAGGUACCAAUCUGACGAUUGCCCAAUUUUGGUACCUGAUUAUUUACUUAGUUAUCAUUAAAUAUUGAUGAGUUAAUAUUAAUUAAGUGCUGGGAACGGUAACGGGACGGAACAAGGGAAAAUAAACUGGUAGCAGAAGUACGUUAUCAUGAUUUGCUUUUCUUAACACUUUACAAGAUAACUUUAUUUUUGAUCAAAUUAGUAAUUUACCGACCCGUCCAAAGAGUAGGCACCCUACUUAUUUUUUUGCGUGUAUAGUAUUUUGAGAGUUUUCUAGUCAUUUACCUAUUUAAUUUUAGUCAUACUUACUUAAAUGAUUAAACUAAGUUAAAUGUGCCAAUACUUUCAUACUCAUGUCAUUAAAAGCAACUUAAUUAAUUCUGAUUUAUUC